UAUUUAGGCAUGGCAUUGCUAUGGUUUUGACAGCUCCGCAAAAUAUUGCCGCGUAAAUAUUGCAUAGUACAAUCUGUCGCGCACCACAAUUACUGCAGGGCCUAAUUGUGUUUAUUUAUUAAUUACAAAUUACAAUAAUUUUGAUAAAACUACAAUGAAAUGCAAAAUACCAGAAAUAUCUUGGCACAAUCGGGAUCCAGUGUUAAGUGUGGAUAUACAGCAAGCGCAGGUUGGAGGAAACAAAUCCUUUUACCGAUUAGCUUCAGGCGGUACAGACACGCACGUACUCAUAUGGUAUGUAGAGCUUAUGUCAGAUGACUCUGAUAUAAAUUUGGAUUUAGUUGCUGACUUAUCGCGUCAUCAGCGUGCUGUGAACUGUGUGAAAUGGUCACCGAAUGGUGAAUUAUUAGCAUCUGGCGAUGAUGAAAGUGUGAUAUUCAUAUGGAAACAGAAGAGUGAAAACGAACCAGUGAAUAUAUUAGACCCAACAAAUGAACAGGACAAAGAGGUGUGGAUCACCUUAAAAAUUUUGAGAGGUCAUAUGGAAGAUGUAUAUGAUUUAAGUUGGGCACCAAAUUCUCAAUUUCUAGUAAGCGGUUCUGUGGAUAAUUCAGCAAUUAUUUGGGAUAUUAAUAAAGGAAAAUCAAUUUCUAUUUUAAAUGAUCACAAAGGUUUUGUACAAGGUGUUGCAUGGGAUCCUAAGAAUCAAUAUAUCGCAACAUUAAGCACUGAUAGACAUUUACGUAUUUUUGAUAUACAAACCAAAAAAGUAAUCCAUCGUAUCAGCAAAGGUUUGUUACCUGCGUUGGAAGGACACGAACUUUAUGAGCGUCGAAUUCGUUAUUUCCACGACGAUACAUUGCAAACAUUUUUUCGCAGAUUAUGUUUUACGCCUGAUGGCAAAUUUUUACUAACACCGUCUGGCAUUACAGACUACGAUGGCGUUGUACGUCCAAUAAACACAUUAUAUGUCUUCAGCCGUUAUGCGCUGCGUCAGCCAUCCAUUAUGCUUCCUUUUGUGAAUCAGUACACAGUUGCAGUACGCUGUAGUCCUAUACUUUACAAGUUACGAAAAAGUGAUGUAGAAAAAAAUCCAGCUGUGAUUCCUUUACCAUAUCGCAUGAUAUUUGCUGUGGCUACAAAAAGUUCAGUCUACUUUUAUGACACUCAACAGAAUCGACCUUUUGCUGUCGUAUCAAAUAUACAUUACACACGUUUGACGGAUGUAACUUGGUCUCAUGAUGGAAGAAUUGUUAUUGUAUCUAGCACUGAUGGUUUUUGUUCGCUUAUAACAUUUGAGAAGAACGAGUUGGGUGAGGAAUACGAAGAUUCGAAAUCGAUACUUGAAAAUCUACAAGUGACUGAAACAGUGGUGAAUGUUAAAAGAAAAAAGCAAAAAGAAAAUGAUAAUCAAACACAAAAGGGACGUAAAGCUUCUACGGAUGAUUUUUCAAAUAGCCCAAAAGUUUUAAAAAGAAAUACCCGACUAGAAAACGUAAAAGAAACUAAUGAAACUAGAUCAGAAACUAAGGACUUAACACAAACAGACACUAUUGAGAAUUCGACAAAAGAAAAAGUAACUGCACAAACAAAGAAGGACCUUACACAAACAAACUCUAUAGAGACUUCGACAAAAGAAAUAAUGAAUGCAUCAAAUAUUAAUGACAAUCAAGAUAUCAGCAAAUCAAAUGAAUCUAUAACAACCGGAAACAAACUUUUGUCAGUCGACAUCAUUUUAGAUAAAGAAAUUUUAAGCAGUGACGAGAAGUUCGAGUCACCGGAGAAGAAAAGCCGCCCAGCUACACCAAUUAGCAUACGGCGUCAUCCACGCACACCAAACAGUAUGACUCCUACUUUGAUAAAUUCUAUCACCGAAAAAAAAACUUUGGCAACUGAUAUCAAUAAGUCGCCAAUGUCUUCAUUACAGCAAACAAAUUCACCACAUAACGCAAAGCGUGCCACUCCAAUUGCAGUACGACGUACACCACGUACUCUCAUUAAAGAAAUACCAAUUACAGAGACACCUGCGCCAAUUGAAGAAGCUAUGGAUGCAUGGCCGGUAACGGACUUAAAAACAAGCACAGUUUUGAAUAACACGGCAACAGAUACACCAAAUGCUACAGAACCUGUAAACACAUUGAUUAUUAAUGACGAUACUGCUGAAAAUACAGAGAAUAUACGACUCGUUUACGAGGACACCAUUGAAGAAAAACUUUCACAAACACCGACAAAAACCCACACAACUGAUAAAAUGUCUACAGAUCAAAUUUGCGAAAGCAACGAUGAGAAAAGUUCUGUAGCUGCACAAAGUAAGACGGAAGAAGUUAGAAAAGUCAGCACUCCUAACUUAAAACAACAGACACCUAACAACAAAACACCGCGGCGCGUAUCCUUGAAAACAAUUUCCACUCCAAAGUCUAAAAAAAAAUUGUAAUUUGAAUUUUGUUUGACUGUUAUGGUUUGGUACAUCCGAAUGCUUUUAUUUAAUAAAAAAUAUAUAACUUUUUAUUGUAUUAACACUAAACUAUUAUGCACUUAAAUUGAAUUUCAUAAUUUAAAUUUCUGUUUUUCGAUGUAAUUAUUUUAACACAACAGGAAGAUACAUUCUGAUAAUUUUGGUUGUAAGUUCUGUAGCAUUACGUUUUUAGAUGAAACUUUUAUAGCUAUUGUGGGUAAGUGUUUAUUCCAUUUGAAGUAGACUACAG